GAAGAGAGAGAAAAAAGCAAUAACUCCUUCCUUUGAAUUGUGAGCGAAGAAAACAAGCAACGAGAUCUAACCAAAUGGCGUUGGAAUGGGUAGUGCUAGGCUACGCCGCGGCUGCAGAAGCAAUAAUGGUCAUCCUCCUCACCAUCCCUGGCCUCGACGCUCUCCGUAAGGGUCUAAUUGCCGUUACCAAGAACCUUCUCAAACCGUUUCUCUCGGUUGUUCCGUUUUGCCUCUUCCUUCUCAUGGACAUUUAUUGGAAAUACGAAACCAGGCCUAGUUGCGAAGGAGAUUCCUGCACUCCCACGGAACACCUUCGUCACCAGAAAUCGAUUAUGAAGAGUCAGCGUAACGCGCUUCUCAUCGCCGCCGCGCUUCUUUUCUACUGGCUUCUUUACUCCGUCACCAAUCUCGUUGUUAAGAUCGAUCACCUUAACCAGCGUCUCGAACGUCUCAAGAGGACCGAGUGAAUUCAAUUUCUCAGAUAAGUCUAUCGGAUUUGUGUUCCCUGCAGUUUUUUUUUGUUAUUAUGUUAGUAUAUGCAACAAUUUCGUUUCGUUUUUCUUUUGUUUAGAUCUAUGUUUGAAUGAUUAUAAGACGAUUAUUGAUUAAUCGUAGUUAUAUAUGUAAUUUCUGUGCUGUUUUGAAUUUUGGCGACUUACUUUGAUUGAGAGUUAGGGUUCAUUUUAGGGAUUUUCUCAUUGUUGCGAUAUUUGUGGUUUGGGAUCGAACCUUUAUUAGGUUUGAAUGAAUACACACACACCAUUGUUCGAUGUUAA